UCAUAACAAACAAAAAGAAAAAUUCGGAUUUUCGCAUUUAAUUUUCCACAAGUGGCAUCUAACCAAAAACACAACCAGUAGUAACUAUGUUUUGGUCCGAAGCUGCUUCCUCGCCAAAUAUCGAAGCGCUGCUCAACAAAGAAAAUGUCGCUUUGAAAGAAUUGCUGGAGGACGAAGACAUCUUACAGGAAUGCAAAUCACAGAAUUCAAAGUUGAUGCAAUACCUUAAUCGUGCCGAGAUUAUCGACGAGCUUGUCACACUAAUUGUGACGGAACCACCUCAAGAUGUAGAUGAAAAAUUUCGUUUUUUACACUCAAACAUGGCAUGUGAAAUACUUACUUGUGAAGUACCGUCCAUUAAAAAACGGUUGGUUGAAGACCAAAGCGCACUUAAUAAGUUAUAUAGCUUCUUAGAGCAGGAUCAAGCCCUGAAUCCCCUCCUGACGUCCUUCUUUUGCAAGACCUUCGGUUCGCUGAUUUCGAAGCAAAUGGAGCAGGAUUGGUUCUCAUAUCAGUCGGUGUGUCUUCAAAUCCUUGAAUUUGUUAAAAAUAAGGAAGGUUUCUUGCGGUCCAUACUCCAACAUUUUGAUACCACGGUUAUUAUGGACUUGUUGCUGUGUUUUGCUACCAAUAUAGAAGAUAAGGACCUUAAACUAAAUUUAUUGGAGUGGAUGAACGAACAAAAUUUAGUAGAACAAGUCAUUGAACUGCUAAAGUCACCGCACCAAAAAGAAAAGCACAACAAUGCAGCACAAUUUUUAAUUGAAUACAUCACUCAAGGGCGUUGUACGCGACAAAAUGACCGACAAGACAAGGUAAAUCCGGAUCCAUUGCUCGAAAAUCUGGAAAGUAAAGAUACCAUUAUGCUUCUAAUUGAUGUUAUACUUGAUGCGGAAGCCACUGACGAUACCAUCGUCUUUGGCGGUAUCAAGAUUUUGUUGUGCUUAUUAGAAAAUACUAUUAUUCAACAACCUGUCUCCGACACUGCAUUACAACUCAUAAUCGACGCCGAAAAGGAACAUCAUGACAACGUCGUCAAAACAAUUGUUGAAGCUGUCACUCCCAGGCUCGAGGAUUUCCAUAAAUUGUUGGAUCGCACACCGGAGAGAAAGGAGAUAUUAACAAGCGCAGGGAUGCUCUCGCCUCCCCUUGGUAACAUAAGGCUUUACACGUGUUGUCUGUUUACAGUAUUAAUCGAAACUGAGAACGAAGAGCUCAUUAAAAAAAUUUGCACAACUGACUUAUUCAACACUCUGCUCAAACUUUUCAAGCAAUAUUGCUGGAAUAAUUUUUUACACAAGCAAGUAAAGUCUUGUAUAACGGUGGCUGUUCAAUCGUUUGAUCAAGUGCCUGAUGACGCAUCAUUAAUAGUUUCUGGCUUCCAGAAGCACUUGAUAGUUGAAUGCAAUCUUGUAUCAAAAUUAAUAGACUGCUGGCUACACAACGAAGAAAUACAGAACUCAAAGGGACAAAGACUUGGUUACAUGGGACACCUUAUCGAAAUAUUUGAUAUUUUGGUUUCAAACGUAAACGUAUCGGUAGAUUUAUGUGCCUUAAUACAAUCCACCGUAAAUGAAGACGAAAUAAUCAAAUGGAAAAGUCUAACGGAAUCUGGCGACGGAGAGUUAGCAAAAAUAUUAACCGUACAAAAGCGAUUUUUGGCAAAUAGCAAUCCAAAUGAGAUAGACAAUUCAUUACCAAAGGAGUUUCUUAACGAAAAUUUUGCCGAAGACUUCUAUAACGACUUUGACACCAACUUGCAGAAUAAUUUAGACGACUUUGAUAAUUUUGAUAGUGACAUUCAAUUUGAUAACAACUCUAAAUUAUUUGAUGAGGUCUGUAGUAAGAAUUUAAGCAUCUUUGAUAUUAACGACGAAGACAGUAGCAAAUUAUGGAAAAACGAUGGUGAUCAAAACAAUUUACCAUUUACGUUUGAUAAUCAACUGAAACUACAAUCAACUAGUGCCAAUGCCGAUUCUCCGGAUGACGACGAGGACAAUGACGACGACGACGACGAACGCGACGAAAAUUUCCACAAAGUAGCGUCCCAACUUUUGUGGUCGAAUGCGCAGCAGCAGCAACAACAGCAAAACUUGUUGCAGAGUGUGGCCUCCAUUCUUGCCGACAAUCCGUGGGGCAGUAGCAGCACGACGACGAACGCAGCAGCAACGACGGGCGACGAUGGAAAUGACAUGAAAUCGUGGGCUUCGUUUCCCGCGGAUAAUUUUGCGGACUUUGAUUCGCAUUUUCAGUCGUUCGGAAUGUCUCAGGGAAAUGACGAGGGAAGUGCGAAAGAUGGUGCGACAGCGGAUCCCUUUUUUGAGGCAAAUUUUGAAGACUCGCAGGAUGAAAUUAUUAAUUACUCAAUUGAAAGCAAUCAAUCUAGCGAUAAAGUAGAGGAAACAAAUGGCUUAGAUGGCGGUGACAGCUCUUCUGUGAAUCUCAAUGGAACGGAAGACAGCAAUGAAGAAGCAGAGAAACCAUCGACAGAAGCAACAACCAACUCGGAGCUCGCAACUGAAAACAAUCCAAUUAUAUCCAAAAGUUCUCCCAUUAGCACAUCAUCAGAGAAUCCAAUAGAAAAUAAGACACCAACCGUGCCGGUAAUUGAAAAUGGCGCUUAGGAUACUUUACAAUUUAUAUAUGAAUGUGUAUUAUAAUAGUCGCAAAAAAAAAAUAGAUUAUUGAAGAUUAUAGCACUCUGUUGUAUUAUUGAUGAAAAAAAAAAUAAAUUAAAAGGAAAAAAAAAUGUUUAGC